AUGCUGCCUGCUGUCUUCAGGGCUGGCGCGCGUCGGCCUGCUUUCCGGGCUCUCUCUCUCGCGCGCGCACCCGCCCUGACCUUGACCCAAUGCCUCAACUGUACCCUCUCAACCACUCGCACCCUCACCACCGCUUACUCGCCUACCUCGGAUAGGACCCGCGAGAUUGUGGCUCAGACUGUUAGCAGCAUUGGCAGCAAGCGCGAGGGCCAGCAGUACCUCAAGCUUUUCACCACCGUCUCCUCCCAACAGUUUGCUGUCAUCAAGGUUGGGGGCGCCAUUCUUCGGGAUCACCUAGACGACCCCUGUAGAAAUCUUUUGUUCCUCUUCGAGCUCGGAUUAUGUCCCGUUGUGGUUCAUGGAGGCGGUCCGCAGUUGAAUGACUUGUUAGAGGCUGCGGGGGUGGUUCCUGAAUUCCAAGACGGAAUAAGAGUAACCGAUGCGAAAACCCUUGGCAUUGCGCGAAAGCUCUUUCUGGAAGAGAAUCUGCGACUUAUCGAUCGCCUGGACUCCCUCGGUGUUGCGACACGCGCUAUACAGGGGGCGUCCGGGGCAACCUACCUCGAUAAAGAGAAGUGGCAGUACGUCGGUAAGCUCACCGAGGUUAGGAAGCAAGCCAUCGAGAAUAGUAUUUCUGCCGGAUAUAUACCUAUCCUUACUUCAAUGGCUGAAGGGGAUGAUGGUUGCCUCUUAAAUGUCAAUACAGAUGUUGCGGCUGCUGAACUUGCCCGCACUCUCAAGCCCCUAAAAGUUGUCUAUCUAUCUGAAAAGGGGGGCCUGUUUAACGGCGAUGGCAAGAAAAUCUCCCAGGUCAACCUUGACGAAGAGUUUGACUACCUGAUGGCCCAGCCCUGGUGCCGUUAUGGUACUCGCCUUAAGAUCAAGGAGAUUAAGGAGCUUCUCGAUGACCUUCCCCGCAGCUCGAGUGUAGCGAUUAUUCACCCAAGUGAUCUUCAAAAAGAGCUUUUUACUGACUCUGGUGCUGGUACACUAAUUCGCCGCGGUGAUAAGAUCCAAAAAGUUACCUCAAUCGAUGAAUUUAAUGACAUCGAGAAGCUAAAGGCUACCUUAGUCAGUAACUAUAAGGGCCUUGACGCUGAGGCUGUUGUCGAUCGAUUUAUCGAUACGCUAAAGGAAAAGAAAUUUACGGCUUAUUGUGAUGAUGCUAUGCAGUGCCUAGCUAUUAUAAUGCCCAAGGGUGAGAGUCAAGAUAUAGCGACACUUGCCGUUCUAACUACUACUAAGUCUGGCUGGCUGAGUAAUGUUAUGGAGAAUAUCUUUACUGUUAUUAAGAAAAACCACCCUAAGCUGGUUUGGACUAUUAGCGAGGAGGAUGAGAACUUGACCUGGUUUUUUGAAAAGGCUGACGGGAGCUUUCUUAAAAAUGGCAGCGUCCUCUUUUACUAG